AUGUCGUUGAAUAGUUCAUUUGAAAACCUUCAAGCAGCAAAACAACUCACUCAGACUAGUAAUGAACCAUAUAAAAAGAAUUCAGUAUCAUCAACAAACUUUGUCACCAGUGGGAAUUUGUCAGAUAAUCCUAAUGAUUUCAUUACAUACAUAAUACCUGACUUUAACGCAGUCAAGUACUUUCAAAAAGAUUUCAUAGACUCAAACGAAUUUUACCUCAUUGAGGAGUCAGAGGUUACAGGGUUUGAGCUCUACUUAGUUGAGCAAUGGGUGAUCAAUCGUCAUAUUGGCACUAUUGUUACCGCGUUUACCGGUAAUGAGCUGUCAAAAAUAGCUGUUGUCAAAUUUACUAUUAUCAAGAAGCCAACAAAAUAUUAUCCUAUACGGUUUCAGGAGUACCUUACCGAGUUAAUACAGAAUCAUUCGCGAAUGAAAACAGUAGAAAAGUCCUGUCCUUCCACCUAUGCAACGAGAGCUAAUAGUUCUCACGAUUUAUUAACGAUCAAUACAGUUUCAAGCAAGCCUUCUGGAGUAAGGAAAGAAAAGACUGAAAACAAGAAUGAUGUAUGUUUUGUCACAAAUUUGACAUCACUACCGCCUCACUUAAACUUGAUACCGGUGCCCAAUGGAGAUGCCAGACUGAUGGAAGCACCAUUUAUAAUCAACUCGAAUUUGAAAAGAUUACAAUGCACCGGUAGGUCAGUUUCGCUAACCACCGACAAGAUAUCGGAUGCAUCUGAGGACAAGUUUCGACAAAUGUAUAAAAUCUACAACGUCAAGGAGCCGGUAAAGUUUGCUGUGCGGGAACUUGUGAAUGUUGUUCAGACUUGCUUAUUCUACUUUGAUUUACUAGAUGGACGCUAUUGUACAGGAUUGCUAUGCGUCAAGACGGAGGAAGCGAUAAACAGUUGGUGGAACUUGAUUGGUUUGCCACACUUUAACUCGAAACCAAAUAUUAGGUCUGGUAUUCUUCCGGCGAGGACAGUAGCAGCAAUAAUUAGUUUAAUUCUCAGUAUUAGACUUCGACUACAGCUUGUCGGUAUUUCAGAUGUUCCUAAAGAUCCAUUUGAUUUUGAAAACUUUAUGCUAUCUAUUGGUCUGUUUCAAAGACAAUACAAGUUGGAGAAAACUAGGAAAUUGGACAUGGAGACAAUGAAUAAACUAUUUACUACAACUAAUUCUCGAUUGAUGCCAACCAAAAGCGCUAAUUAUUUUUACAAUUCACCGUAUGGAGUUAAUGAUGGAAUUGCUAACGAAGACUAUGACUUGUUGACAUCGCCAAAUCUGAAAUCAACGCAUUCACUGAAGAGACUGUAUGGGAAGAGAGAGUUCAAAAAGUUGACCAAUGUGAUGAAAUCUUCGGUUCAGGAUCGAAUUGCAGCAGCCAGUAAUAGAGAUCCCGAUGAGGGGAAAAGUAAAGGUGUGGGGAUUAGAAAUAGAAUUGCUAAAUUUGCCGAUACCAUGAGUCCGCUAGAUGUUGAGACCAUGGAUUUGGAUGUUUUGGUGAAAAACUAUCUCGUGGGAAAGACUUUGAUAAAGUUAUUCUACGGUGUACAAGCAGGAACCACAUUAAUUCCAUAUGAAAGUACGGAUCAAGCCAACAAAUCGAAAACCGGUGACCACAAGCGGAAGAGUAAAUUGGCCGAAGUGGACAGUCACUUGUACACAUUUGAAAGUUUACGGGACAAGAUUAUCCAAAAUACUCAUAUUCAAUUGUCAUCGUACAACUCAAAGUAUUCACUUGGAAUUACAAAGAGAUUUGGACUACAAAGUCGAAAGAAUGUGCUGGAUGAAAAAGUAAACUCUUCCCACCUUGCUCCUAGGGGUAGUAUGAGGGAACGGUCGCUUCAGUCGUCCUCAUUGGUUGAUUCAUUCUUGCAAAUUGGUGACGAUACCACAUCAUUUGAUGAUAAUAGUCUGACAGAUGACCGCAGACUUAGUGUGCACUCGAGUUUCAAGGAUAUGCAUAAUUCUAACAACCCGCUAGUUCAAUUUAAACGGGACUUGAAUAGACGAAAUUCAUGGCCGUCGUUGCUCAACAAAGAUGAAGAAAAUUUGUCAUCUUUUGUCCAUUUAAAAAGCAAGAAUUUAGCUAAUCCGGCAAUUGUGGAGGUGUGUCGCUCAAGACCUCGUAGUUUUAGCGUUUCCUCGAUUGAGAAUAGCCCAACAGAUUUUACUACAGGUACAGUGUCGAAAGUGUCACAAAUAUAUCUUGAUACAAUUGAUAAUUUAAUCAAGUAUGAAAAUCUACGCGAUUACUAUUUCGAACAUACCAAUGAAGAUGGGUGUGUGUCAAAUGCAGCAUUGGCCAAGUCAUUUCAACUACUCAAUAUCGACUUACUAAAGGUGAAAAACCUCAAGAAUCAAGUGUACACUAACAAGCAUCGCAUCUUGGAGGCAGGGGUUGCUGAUCACCUAAAUUAUAAUCUUGACACCUUAACCAAUACCAUUGAUCGAUUAUCAUACGAGACGAGAAUUGUUGGUAAAAAGAUUAGUGAACUUGAGGAAAACUUCAAGAUUUACAACAACAAACAAGGCGAAGCUGAGAAAAGAUUAAACAAGUUGAUUUGUGAAAUGUUGAGCCAUCCCGACAUGAAUGUAAUCUAUACUGAACAACAGCGCAAGGAGUUUGCUUUGAAAUUGACUGGCAAUGAAAAUUUUGUUGAAAGCAAAAAGGAGGUGAAAACGAUGAGCAUUCUGAAUAUGAUCAAGUACUUAUUUUCCUUCUUUUGGGAGUAG